AUGAGUGAAGAUCUUAAUCCUUUUCCCACUCAUAUACUUACAUCUGAAUGUUCCUUGAUGACAUCAUGGCUCACUCUAUGCUUGAUCUUUUAUUCAUUAUCCUUUCUCAUUUUGUCUACGCUUUUCUUUUCUCUGUCAUCUUUUAGACAUUCCACUGCCACCGUGCCACCGGUUACUUGCUGCCGCCAUCAGCCCAUCGCCGCCGGUUACUUGCCGCCGCCGUCUGCCCGCCGACGUCCGUUCACCGAGAUUUCCCUGAAAAAUGGGUUUUGUCCUUAUUACGGUUAUUUCUAUUGUCGUCCACCCACACCGUUUUUACCAUCCACAUUCUCUUAUUUAUUGCGGUUCUGCUCUUCAACAAAUAUGAGAGGUUCAGGUGGUUCUUCUGCCGGCCGAGGCCGCGGUCGGGAUACAGUUCAGGGACGCGGACGUGGACGCGGCGACCCAGAGCAGGAUGCCCCUGAGGACUCGGAUCCCGGGGCUGAGCAGCAGGUGCUAGCUGCUAGACCUGCGCCGCGGAGAGCGGCGAGACAGCCGCAACCACAGGGCCAGCCACCAGCGACGGACGAGACUGGGAGGGUUAGAGUUACACCAGAUGCUGCAAGAGAAAAAUUACUGGAUAGCAGGAACGACAGCGGGACAACAUCUAGGGCGAUCUUGCCCAUUUUCCGAUCUAGAUGGUUUGCUGAGGGUUCCUCGUGGAAGAAGAUUACAGCAGAGCAUAAGGGAUUCUACUUCGAGGAGUUCAAGAAGGGUUUUUGCUGGGACCCGACCUACCCUGAGGAUCUGAUUAGAGGGGUCUUCUACCGACAUGCGGGCAAUCGGUAUAAAGAUACUCUCCACAACAUGAAGCCGGAUAAAAAAGAGGGCAGUGUUAGUGCUGAUACUUGGGCGUCAUGGAAGCGAGACUGGGAUACUGCUGAGGCUAAGAAAAAGUCCGAUAUAGCACGAGCUAAUCGGAUGAGUGAGCCGUCCGGAGCUGGCACCGGACCUGUUCGACAUACCGCAGGAUCACGAUCGGCUACGAGGCAUAAGACAGUUAUGACUGAGGAGCUUGGUCGAGAGCCCACUUUGGCUGAGUUGCAUGUACGGUUGCACCUGACCAAAGCAGAUCGGACUGUCUUUGUUGACAAGAGAUCAAAGGAUAAAAAUGACCGUUUUCAGGCAGAGCUUGCUGCAGCAACACAGUCUCAGGCAGCUGGAGAAGGGAGUUCGUCGACUCCAGAGCCGAUCGACGAGAACGAGCUGUUUUUGUCUCUCGAGGCAGUCAAGAAGCAGCGAGUCUACGGUAUUGGAUCGGCUUCAGCAUCCUACAUCGGCCAGAGCAGCGCUAGCCAAUUGCGCCGCGGCGGAUCAUCCCAGCAGGGGAACGUUAGUACUGAGGACAUAGAGCAGCGUAUUGCUAGGGAGGUUGAGGAGCGGCUCGAGCAGCGGAUUCGUACUGUGGAGGCGGGUUUCGAAGAGCGGGUCGAGCAGCGGAUCCGUAGUGUGGAGGCGGGUUUCGACGAGCGGAUCCGUACUGAGCUUGCGCGGCUGAUGACUACACUCCCACCCGAGUUACGCCCGCAGUUCCCACCACCCCCACCCCCUCCUGCUGAUGACACCACCAGUUUAGAGUAGGCUUGUGAUACACUUGGACAUAUUUAUGUUUUUUGUUCGUAUACUUUAAUAUUAAUGUUUUUUGUAUGCUUUUUGACGUUUAUAUAUAUAUAUUACGGAUUUGGUUAUA